UGGAAGGAAGGGCAUAAGAUGGUUGUGGAAAGUGCCUACAAAGUCAUCAAGCUAAAAGGAUAUACCAACUGGGCUAUUGGAUUAAGUGUGGCUGAUCUCAUUGAAUCCAUGUUGAAAAAUCUAUCCAGGAUUCAUCCAGUGUCAACAAUGGUGAAGGGGAUGUAUGGCAUUGAGAACGAAGUCUUCCUGAGCCUUCCAUGUAUCCUGAACGCUCGGGGCUUAACCAGUGUGAUCAACCAGAAGCUGAAGGAUGAUGAGGUUGCCCAGCUCAAGAAAAGUGCAGAUACCUUGUGGGACAUCCAGAAAGACCUAAAAGAUCUGUGACUUCUGGCUUCUAGGAUGCAGAAAUUUAAAACUAUGAUGGGAUUAACUGUGAGCCUUUAGUUUUUCAUCCAUAUACAUGGAUCACAGUUUGCUUUUAUCUUCCUAAAUAUGUGAAUCUGGGCUCACAAAAUCAAAGCCCAUGCUUGGUUUAAUGCUUGCAAUAUGAGCCCUUGAACAAAUAAAAUU